AUGAGCGAUAAGAAACAAAUUGCCGAUGCGCUGAGAGGGUUGGCGGACAACGAGUCCGCGAUGGACGUUGUUGAGAAGCAAGUGGAGAAGUAUCGUUUGGAUCUUCUUAGGCCGGUGUACAAGGACCGUGACGAGUUGAUUGGUCGGGUCCCCUCGUUUUGGAUGGUUGUUCUUUCGCAACAUUCCAAUUUUGCCAACUUCAUUCGAGCCUCUGAUUUCAAGUACGUCGACUGCAUAGACGAUGUGCGUGUCGAAUGGGACGAAGCUAACCCUGGGAACUUCUCCGUGAACAUCAAAUUUCAUGGGCUUGAGGGUGAUUUCCCCGCUCAGAGUGUCACGAAGCGUUUCAGAUUAGUGAAGGUCAAGGACGAUAUGAAAGUGAGCGGCAAUGACGAGGAUCGCGAGAGCGGUGACGAUGACGACGAGGAGGAGUACGAGAGGUUGUUGAGUGACCCCGUGGAUGUUGAAUGGCCCGUGGCGUACGAUUCUAUAAACCCAGAUAAGAUCCAGGACAAGCGUGCGAGUAAGAAGGAGUACCGGACAGGUAUGAAGACGCUAUUCGGGUGGUUUAGGUGGACAGGUUUGAAACCAGGUAAGGAGUUCCCCAACGGGGAGUCCCUGGCGGAACUGUUUGCGAACGACUUGUACCCUUACUGUGUGAAAUAUUAUAUUGAGGCACAGAGGGAUCUUGCAGACGAGAUGAGUGAUUCUGACAACGACGACUCUGCCGAGGAACCAUUGGAGCUCCCCAGCGAUGAUGACGAAGUCCAGGACCACAGCAAGAAAAGACGGUUGGAGUGA